AUGUCUCGCUUCGAAAAUAAAGGACUAAUAUUGGGCAUAAUGGCAGGGACUGCUGGAAUAAGCCUGAUGCUGUUUUGGUACCGUAAGAUCCGAAAACCCGGUGCAGCUGUGCGUAUACCUGCGUUCCUAGAUGUAGGUAACAGGCUUAAUUCUAUGGGCUUGCCAAAUGAAGCUCCUAAUGAGCAAGGAGUAGUAAUGGUUUUACAUGGAAGGCAACUGCAGAUACUAGAAAAAUUGAAUGGCUUGCUAGUAAGUGUGGACGAACUAAAGAGAGAGGUGACAUUUCUGAAAGAAGCUAUUCCAAAGCUUGAAGAGCUUAUUCGAAAUGAGCUUCAAAGGAAGGGAGAUGUUCAGAGAGUUAGCCCAUCGCACAGAGCAACAAAGCGGAGAAAAGCCGAGACAGCUCCUGGUGCAACAGAAACUACCAGCUCUGAGGAGGCCGAAAGUGAAGGAGGUUACCUCACAGCUCAUACUGAUUCUGAAGGAGACUCUGAGGAAGAAAAUGGAUGUAUGAAAUCACCCGAUGCCACUGUGAAAUCAGAAGAAGAAGAAGAAGAGGAGUUGUUUAAUUUUUUACAGCAGGUGGACAAUUUGCACAAGGGUUCAGAAGAUGAUAAAAAGCAGGGCUUCAGACUGCUGUUUGAGAAAGAUGACAAGUAUGAAAACUGUGUGGACUUUCUUUGGAGAUUUGCACGUGCUUAUGGAGAUCUGUUUGAGAUGACUACUGAUGCUGAGGAGAAGAGGAAAUAUGUUACUGAUGGAAAGAUUAAAGCUGAAAAGGCUGUUCAGCUGGAUGCCAGCAGUGCUGAGAGUCACCAGUGGUAA